UUUCCUGGGUGACCACAGGGAGGGGGAUGCCUGGUACUCUUACUGGUUCUUGGGCCUCUUCUCUGCCAUUCAACAAAAGGGCAGAUAUACGUGUCAGUGAGGCCUCGUGUGGAACGCCCCCGGCCUGCGGCUCCCCCGAGUUGGAGGUCUCUGCCUCGGUGGGGCCCUGGCACCUCCGAGGAGGUGGGACAAGAAUGGGGGACAAGGAUGUGCUUGUGCAGUGGUGGGUUUUCGGGGAGCUGUGUGCACACUCCCCGUGACUGGUACCUCGCCUGCCGCUGCGCUUAUGUAACCAGGGCAUCAGGAGAACAGCAUCUGGCAACUGCACUUCGGAAAUCUGGGAGAGGUCCCUGCCAGGCCGAAUCAAUCAGCGGCCCCUGUGCCCGGGGCAAACACACAGGCUCCUUUUGAAGAUCGGAUGUGAGCCCCACCCCAGCCUUCACAGACACAUUCUUGCAUUUCAGAAUAGAACAAAAACAGACAACCCGAGUCUUAAUCUCCAAAGCUGGGGCUUGCAGAGGUCUGGAUGAUGCUACACCCCACGUUAGACGAUUGUUUUGUUUUUGUUACACAAACUUCCUGGGUGGGGACUCCCAGGUCCAGUGGGCGGGAAGAAGCCUCCUUAAAUGUGUCCCCUCUAGGCUGAUGCUCAUUCCAGGAGCUCCAGCCCUGGGAGAGGCUGUGUCCAAGGUAAUCCUCUUCCCCCAGGUCUUGUCUUUUCCUUUUCUCCUUAGGUGGCAAUAUCCAUCUGGAGCCUGCACCAGGAGCAGGUCCAUCUCUGUGGCUGGUCCUCCCCACCCUCCAGAAUCUUCUCCUGAGAAUCAUCGGGUUGGGUGCCCCGAGGAUCCAAAGCCCACGUGUGGUGGCUCUGCCAUACCCAGCCCCGGGAGGUGGAGGACCCGGGAUCUGUGGAGCAGGGGCACCGAGGGGACAGUGGGUGAGAAGCCUUGAUUCACUCACCUGGAAGACAGCAGAGCCCAGUAGGCACCAUGAGCAAAAUCAGCGAGGUCGUGCAGCGGGCCAGAGCCGCCUUCAACUCGGGCAAGACUCGCCCCCUGCAGUUCCGGGUCCAGCAGCUGGAGGCGCUGCGGCGCAUGAUCAAGGAGCGCGAGAAGGACAUCGCCGGCGCGCUGACUGCCGACCUCCACAAGAAUGAAUGGAACGCGUACUAUGAGGAGGUGGUGUAUGUCCUGGAGGAGAUAGAGUACAUGAUCAAGAAGCUCCCCGAGUGGGCUGCAGACCAGCCUGUGGAGAAGACUCCCCAGACCCAGCUGGAUGAGUCCUACAUCCACUGGGAGCCCCUGGGCGUGGUUCUCAUCAUCGGCACCUGGAACUACCCCUUCAACCUCACCAUCCAGCCCAUGGUGGGCGCCAUUGCUGCAGGGAACGCAGUGGUCAUCAAGCCCUCGGAGCUAAGCGAGAACAUGGCGACCCUGCUGGCCACCAUCAUCCCUCAGUACCUGGACAAGGAUCUGUACGCGGUGAUCAAUGGGAGUGUCUCCGAGACCACGGAGGUGCUCAAGGAGAGAUUCGACCACAUUCUGUACACGGGGAGCACCGGCGUGGGGAAGAUCAUCAUGAUGGCCGCGGCCAAGCACCUGACCCCCGUCACCCUGGAGCUGGGGGGGAAGAGCCCCUGCUACGUGGACAAGGACUGCGAUCUGGACCUUGCCUGCAGACGCAUUGCCUGGGGGAAGUUCAUGAACUGCGGCCAGACCUGCGUGGCCCCUGACUACAUUCUCUGUGACCCCUCCAUCCAGAACCAAAUCGUGGAGAAGCUCAAAAAGUCCCUAAAAGAGUUCUACGGGGAAGAUGCCAAGAAGUCCCGUGACUAUGGAAGAAUGAUUAACUCUCGCCACUUCCAGAGAGUGAUGGGCCUGAUGGAGGGCCAGAAGGUCGUCUACGGAGGCACUGGGGACGCAGCCACCCGAUACAUAGCCCCCACCAUCCUCACGGACGUGGACCCCCAGUCCCAGGUGAUGCAGGAGGAGAUCUUCGGGCCCAUAAUGCCCAUCGUGUGUGUGCGCGGCCUGGAGGAGGCCAUCCAUUUCAUCAACCAGCGGGAGAAGCCUCUGGCUCUCUACGUGUUCUCCCUGAAUGACAAGGUGAUUAAGAAGAUGAUUGCAGAGACCUCGAGCGGUGGGGUGACAGCCAACGACGUCGUGGUCCACUUCACCCUGCACUCUCUGCCCUAUGGGGGCGUAGGGAACAGCGGCAUGGGCUGCUACCAUGGCAAGAAGAGCUUCGAGACCUUCUCCCACCGCCGCUCAUGCCUGGUGAGGCCUCUGCUGGAUGACGAGUCCCUCACAGCCAGAUACCCCCCGAGCCUGGCCAAGAUGACCGCUCGCUGAAGCCGCUGCGCCUGGCCUCCCCGUGCUGUGCCCUCGCCCUGCUCUCCAGCCCCCCAGAGGAUUACUCCUGGAGCCCCCUUGCUUCUCUGCGGAUCAGUGCAUGCCCCCACUCCCGUUCAGGCCCCAAGGCCCGCCCCCCCCAAGUCCCUGCCCUCUUGCUAGACACAAGGAGACCAAUAAAGGUCUUCCA